AUGGAGACAGUAUGCCUUCGCUUUGGAAAGCCCCAUGCUCUAGCGGGGGACGUACCAGUCAAACGUGACUUACCCGAGCCUAUCGAGCCUCGAACUGGAUACGAACGAGCGCUCAGUGCUUCCGGGAUAGGAGUUCAACUUGAGCCGGAGCUAGACAAUACCAUCGUAGAACCGGAGCGGCGAGGCGUGCCGAUGAGCACGGCCUCGGGAGAGUGA